AUGAGACUCCGUUUAUUGCUUUCUGUUCUCCUUCUCUCUUUGGCUCUAAUACCAAAAGCAAGGACUGGCCUUAUCCCCGGACAGAAACAAUGUAAUCUGCUGAAAGGGGUGUGCAAAGACGGAGGCUGCACCAGCAUAGAACAGCCCAUUGGCGUAUGUAAUGAAGAGAAAAGAUGUUGUAGAAAGUGGUGGGUAUUUUUUCCCUAUCCAACGCCAGCUCCCAAAUCAAAAUCUCCUUGA